UCACAGACCACGUGAUCAAUCUUGGACGCGCUGAUCAUUGUCUGGUGUUGUGUGUAAGCGCAAUGAUGAGCCUGAUGAUAGGUUUAACGUUUUAGUUGUUAAUACUGAUGUAAGGAUGUAGGGUUAAGUAUGAGUGAAGCUGAUAUGGUAUAUGGGACAUCAUUGUCCCUGGAAUCAGUUAAAGUUAUAGCAGAGAGUGUAGGUAUAGGAAAUCUUCCAGAUGAAGCCGCUAAACAGUUGGCUGAUGACGUUUCGUAUAGACUGAAGCAAAUUGUGCAGGAUGCAGCAAAGUUUAUGCAUCAUGCUAAAAGACUUAAGUUGUCUACUGCAGACAUUGAUCAUGCACUUAAAGUUAAAAAUAUUGAGCCACUGUAUGGAUUCUGUACACAAGAUAACAUUCCUUUCCGAUUUGCUUCUGGUGGUGGUCGAGAACUGCACUUCAUUGAAGAGAAAGAAAUGGACUUGAAUGAGUUGAUCAAUAAUCCAUUACCAAAAAUGCCACUAGAUGUCUCAUUAAGAGCACACUGGUUAUGUAUUGAUGGUGUACAACCAACCAUACCAGAAAAUCCUCCACCUGUGUCUAAAGAGCAACAGAAAGUGGAGAGCAUUGAUCCUGUGACCAAGUUGAAUAAAACAGCCAAGGAGAAAGGGGAGGCAGCUGGUAAACCUACAACAGGGAAAAUGCACAAGCUUCGCAAUGUGGAGACAGUGCAUGUGAAGCAGCUGGCUACUCAUGAACUCUCUGUGGAACAACAGCUCUACUACAAAGAAAUCACUGAGGCAUGUGUUGGAUCAGAUGAAGCUCGCAGAGCGGAAGCUCUCCAAAGCCUAGCGUCAGACCCCGGUCUCCACGAGAUGUUGCCCCGUAUGUGCACUUUCAUAGCGGAGGGUGUGAAAGUGAACGUAGUACAGAAUAACCUGGCACUUCUCAUCUACCUCAUGAGGAUGGUGAAAGCUCUCCUUGACAACCAGUCACUCUACCUGGAAAAAUAUUUACAUGAGUUAAUCCCAUCAGUGGCAACCUGCAUCGUAAGCAAACAGUUGUGCAUGAGGCCUGAAUUGGAUAAUCACUGGGCAUUGCGUGAUUUUGCAUCACGUCUCAUGGCACAGAUCUGCAAGAAUUUUAACACAUCCACAAAUAAUGUUCAGACAAGGGUAACUCGCAUGUUUAGUCAAGCCCUGCGGGAUGAGAAGAUGCAGUUGGCUUCACUUUAUGGCGCCAUAGAAGGAUUGUCUGAAUUGGGUACAGAGGUUGUCAAAGUAUUUAUAUUGCCCAGGGUGAAACAAGUGAUAGACCGUAUAGAGGCUGCAAUAGAGGGCCCUGUAUUGAGCAAUAUUGAUAAGAUUGCUGCGGGCCACAUAAAACAUCUCCUUGUUAAAGUGUUGUCUCCACUACUUAAAACACUUCGGCAGCCACCAGAUUAUGUGGAGGAAUACCGAAGUGAAUUUGGUUAUUUGGGUCCUGCAUUGCAUGCAGCAGUAUUGAAGGCUCGCACACAGCCUACCACUAGCACAGCAACGCCUUCUACUUGCACUGCUAACGCUACUACCACAGCAACAGCAGCACCACCUACAAUAGCAGCACCAACUCCUCGAAGCCUUUCUGGUCCAACUGCCAUUGUGCAGACAGGUCCAUCUCAACCUGGAACUGGACGAACAAUCAUGAUGGGUGGUGCUGGAGCACCAAGGCCUGUUGUUGCUAGCAAUAAUGCAUCAAAGUAUGUCAUUUUAACGUCUCGGCCAACGACUCCAAGUCAGGAGUCCAUAGUUCGAUUGCCUGUGCAAGCCCUACAGGCAUCAUCUGCCCCAGCAAGCAAUGCCAAUUCAGCAGUGGUCAAGUUUGUGACUGCCUCACAAUCAGUUGCAACUCAGAAAAUUGUCCAAGCAACAGCCCCAAACCAGCAAAUGACAAAGCUGGUUGUGGUGUGCAUGGCAAACUCUGGAAGCACUGCCAGUACGACGCAGGCAGUAACCAGUCCAGGGUCAAGUCUAGGUGUGAAGUCUGUGUUUGUAACACAGCAGCAAAUCAAAAUGGAGACUGGAGCAGAGGAGCAGUGAACACCAUUUGGUUAAGAACACAGAAAGAGGUCUGAUUGGUCAGUUAAUGACUUAUGCCUGUCCCACCUGGGAGUAUUCGGUGGAUGUUCACUGACAACUUGCAUGCCGGUUCUGCAGGAGUACGAGCCAUUUUCAAAAGUUCUGUCUCAACGAGACUGGGAGAAGAAAUGGAGCCAGCACAGUGUAUAGCUGCUGCUUAUGAAGGUGAUCACAUACAUCACAGGCCCAUCCACUCAGAAUACAAGGAAUGGCAUGCAUGAGCAGCAGAGUGAGAGGAGGCAGCUGUUGGUAGGCAUCAUCUGUUAAACAUGAGGGUCAUUGCUACGCAACAGCUGGUAAACAAUGACUAUGAUGUGAUGUUUUCUGUACAGUCUCCAGAGGCUGUAUAAUGAGGACCAAAGGGACAAGCCAGUGCGCUGUAAUUAUGAGUCAGUUGUUACAUGAGCAUAAAAGCAGAAGGCUCUCCAAUGUUUGUAGCUGUUACCAAUCUACAACUAGUGAAGACUAUAAAAAACUGAGACUUAGUGUGUGCUGUAGUGAUUUAUAAAGCAUGUGUAUUAGUGAAAGAUUUAUGAUUAUUGUAGUUACAAGUUAUAAGAGUUCAGUAAAUUCAAUUAGCAAUCAAAAUCCUGUUUAUAGUUACUAACACAUGACAGUAUUUUGAAAUGGUAAUUUUAAACGCACUCCCUAAACAGUCUCUUCUUUUUAGCUUUCCCUUUUCUUUGCUUGCCAGUGUUUGCACACACUUUGCAGGUUCGGUGAGAUUGUUCUUUCAGUUUUAUCUCUGUUGCCAGAAUUCUGUAUGGAAAAUUAUCUCUUCCAGUACGUUUUCCUGCAGAAGUACCAGUCCGUUCAAAAUGUCGUGCCCUGCCUUCAGCAGCCAUCUCAUAGAUCUCUAGUGGGAAGACAGAAACAGAUCCAAUUUCCGAAACAUCGUGUCCUCUGUUACCUAGAAUUCCGAACGAUGGAAAAAGUCCAAAACCCCAGUAAUUCUGGGAUGUUUUUUAUUGUGCAGUAUGUGGGCAUUUAUGAUAUACAGAUCAGAUAGAGGGAAGAAAAUAUUCUUCUACACUUUUCCAAUUUUCUCUAGAAAGAGUAACAUAUUAACAUUUUAUUGGGCUUGUCAAUGCUAAUUUUGUGUUAUUGUAGUCCAUAACUUCUUACAGGUUUUGUUUUCUGGUGCUGUCCUCUGGGUGAUGGUGCCUCAACCAUCUCAUUUCUAUGGGAAUUACUCAAAAUGUGAAUUUCUAUGGUGUCUUUCAUUGUAUAGCCAAGAGGUGAUAUGUCUUGCAACAAACAGUUUCUCCCUUACCUUCAGUUGUUUUUUUUAAUGGCUGUUUAUGCAAAUUUUUUUGUUGGACAUUAUUUGCCCACAGCUGUUGCCUUAAGUAUCCAUUGUUGAUCAGAGAGUUUUGAGCUAGAAAACCACAGAUUCAUAUGCACAGUAUGACCCUCAUUCUUUAUUUGCUGGCUGAGCCUGUCAAUAACACUUAAUGUUGUGUUGUGAACAAUGUCACUACAUUUUGUGCCAUUCUGCAUAUUUCUCAUUGUUGUGUACAUAGCCACUUCUUGCUUCACACAGCUGAAAAUCUUGAUUCCAUACUCAUGUGGCUUCCCAUACAUUUACAGUUGCAAAAAUACUUCCCCUUGAAAUGCACAGAUUGUCUCAUCAGUAGUAAGUUAUUUCUCUGGCAUGUAUACUUCUUGAAAUUUUGAAGUCAGGCUGUGUAAUGACCCAGUUGUCCCCUGGGUACUUGUUUGCAAGUGUUACUGAUAUGCAGCAUUGCCAAAAAUUGCAAAGAAUCUAUCAUGAGACAUACCACUUUAUGUUGCAAAGUUGGUUUGCAUUAUUGGUCAUGUGCACCGAUAAUUGUGGGCAGAUAGCGUAUGAUGCAGUGCAAAUAUGUGCUGCACAUAACACUUUAAUUUCUUAUAAUGUGAUAAGUUUCCACUUUGCAAAUACUGAAUUCUUUUCAGAGGAUCAUCUUACUCCUCAUUUUUUGCAUACAAGUGGAUUUCAUCUUGCAUAAUUUUGAAACUUACAUUUGUCCCUUGCAAGCCAGAUAAUGCAUGUACAUUGUUUGCUGUGUUAUCACAUUGUAAGUCACAUUCGGAGCUUGGUUGUUUAGGUUUUGCUCUCACUGUCCUUCCGUGGCCCAUGCUUUCAUCUGGUCAAGGGAAAAUUUCCUCUUCACUGCUACUGCUACCACUAAAAGAAAAGUUAUCUGAGACAUUCUGAGUGUCAGAAAUUUCAAUAAAUAUUCCUAAAUAUUGGUAGUGUUUCAUUUUGUAUUUUGUCCAUUGCAAAAGAUGUUUUUGUUCUGAAGAAUAACCCAGAAUAGUAGUAUGCUGUUGACUGUUGAUCUUGCUUGGGCCCCACUAUGAACUGCUCUGAGUGAGAUGAAGUUACGAGUAUAUUGAUUCUCUGAAUUACUUAUAAACACUUUGUCUUGUAAUAGGAAGCAGACCAUUCUUUGUGUCUUGGCCUUGGCAGCAUUAUUAAGGCAAUAUAAACAGUUCCUUGCUUAUAAAAGAAAACUCAACAUGCAUGGUUUACAGUGAAGGUAGUUUCAAGGUGGCGGAGCCUUGUUCUAUGAUGAGGUGAUGAAACUUGCUGACACUCGCUAGAAGUAGGUAGAUGCUUGGAGCUCUUGCUCAGUGAAAAGUCUGAUAAUUCAGGUUGUAUUUCCUGUGAAUUUUUUCAUGUUGGGUUAGUAGUAAUAUUGUCAGUGUUGCCUUGGCAAGAUAAGCAAGGUGGCUGUAGUGGAGAGCAGGUCAAGAGUUGUUUGGUGUGACUUUCAGCACUGAUGUGAGAUUUAGCUUCAGAGUUUGGAUGUAAAGGUAACUAAAUGAAUGAACAGGUAGGUGCAGAAAAUGUAUAAAAUGGGGAAGAGAAAGUGUACUUAAAAUGGGUUUAAUGGUGAAGUAAAUGUCCUGGAAGUGUAAUGGUUUUCAUUAUGUAGGCCAAAGAACGUGAAGAAAGUCAUCUUUGUAAUGUCCACUUUUCUACUUUCAGUAUUAAAAGCAGGGAACAAAAUUUGGACAUACAUGAUUACAUGUGGUAUUGUUGUCAUGUGUUAGUAAUGAUACUCAAGGUUUGGAUUGAUAUUUGGAUUCUCUGAAAAUCUGUAACUCAUGACUAUAAGUAAUUAUGUUAUUGCUAACCUACAGGCUUCACAGUUCACUAUAGCAUACCCAAAUUCUUUUAGUUUCUCUUGGCUAGUGGAUGCAUAAAUUGUUACUGAUGAAAUCAGUGCUUUAUUUAGGGUUACUUUCUUAGUGCUUAAACAUCCUUUUUGAACAAGGAGUAGAUUAUAAUAAAUGUUCUGAAGGCCUUGGCUUCAGUCAUUUCUAUGUGCAGUCUCCUUAUAAUCCUUUUAAUCGAAGGUUACACCCAGAUAUUUUACAUGAGUGAUAAAGAAGGGGAUAUUCUGUCAGUUCAAUGUAAGAUGAGCUGCAGGGGGCCUAAGUCUGUGAGAAAAGUAGAUGGCGUGAGCCUUAUCAUCACUGAUUUUUAUGUUCCAGUGCUCACAAUACAUCUUACUAGCAAUUGAGGCCUUGCAGCAACAGCUUUCUCAGAACAUAAUCAUAAUUGUGGUCUGUUGCGUUUGCACAGGUGUCAUCUGCCUGGAGCCCUAGAUAGACACCAGCUGUUUGUUGGGUACAGAACAGAACCUAAUGGCACCCCAGCUUUUAUAUCCCCUGGCGCAGACAUUUCACCUUUGGCUGAGACUGCAUUUCCUCUGAGAAAGAAAAGAGGUAAUAAUCUUGAUGUAGGGCACCCAUUCUGAUGAGGAGACAGGUCUGUUGUUUACAAUUGCUGCUGGCCCACUCCAGUGCAGUCAUUCUCAUGUCCCUAGUCCUGUGGGACUCAUGACCAUAUUUUAUUACCACAGGUUGGACACUCCUCCUACUUGGAGGGCUAGGUCCGUGUAUUUAUAUCCUCCAGGUACAAGGUGGCCCAGUUGUCCCCCUAAGCACUGGAUUCCCUUUUCAGCGCUUCCUAUAUCCCACAGAGAUACAGUGGAAGCAUUCAAACCCACCUGCACACUGGGACAGAUGUAACAGGGUCAUAGCCCUUAUGUAGUAUCCUCUCUGAUGAGAGGAUGGGUCUGCCGUUUAAAAUUGCUGCUGGCCCUCAGCAGCACAGUCAUUCUCAAGUCCAAGUCCUGCAGGAGUCAUGACCACAUUCUGCUGUCUCAGAUUCAAGAAUCCCGAACCUGAAAGGCCAGGUCUCUGUAUAUAUAUCCAUAUAGAAAACACCUCGUUGCCUAGUAGUGGCUCAACAAUUCAUCUAUUCUUGCAUAUUUAUUUGUUGCCAUGGAGAGGUGUGUUCCAUGCUGUUGCCUUGCAGCGGCUGACAUUAAAACUAAUGAGUGUGUCUGGAGAUUGAAAGUUUACAGACUUCAACAACUGUAUGAAUUGGCCUGAAUUAUUUACAGAGGAUUCCAAUUUCCCAGCAAGAGGACUGAGUAUCUUACAGAAAAAAACCAGCCAGGGCAUAGCAAGGGGAACCAGUAGAACUCACUGUAGGCCUCAGAGGAAUGUCAGGUUUGUGAAUCAUGGGAAAACCAUAUAAAUAUGGAAGUUUGCUGUGAUAUGACGUUAACUUAUAUUUUAGAUCAGUUGGAAGGGGAGUUUUGUGUUUGGAAAGGCAUUUCUAUACUUUCUUCUCAACCUCAGCUGUAGGAUCUUUGGGCAAGGGUUCAUUAACCUCAGACUCUGGCAAAGUGUUUAAGUAAUCCUUAUAUUUGCAUUCAUCCAACACCACAAUGCAAUUUCAAUUCUCUGCCUGAAGAAUCCUAAUAUCUUUGUUAAGUGUUAAAGAUUUCACAGCUUGCAACUGCCUUACUUCUCUAGCAUGGACCUGAGCUUCCACCUGAAUUCAUGCCCAGACUCUGUGAAAGUUUUGAAAUAAUGCACUCCAUAGCACAUGCUGUGGCUGGGUUGGAGUGUUUCUGUUGUUCAGCUUUUACUUCACAGAGGCACUAGCAGUAGGCACAAAGUGGUUUCAGAACAUUCUCCUAUUAAUAAUAUGCAUUGGUUUUCAUGGACUUGACUUAUUGGUUAGGUUUGUUGCAUAAAAUUUUUGUUUUACAUUUCUCCUGUUUUCUCCCCUUGAUGUAACCUGGUCUAAGGAAUUUAUAUAGCUGUAGUUACACUGACAGGCUGCCCAGUGAUUGAGCUCUUUCUAAAGCACCCAACAGAGUGGGUGUCUCCUCAGGUGGGGGACUUGAAGGCAGAAACAGAUCCAGUUUCCGAAAUGUUGUGUUCUUUAGUUUUUUAGAAUACCAUAUGAUGGACAAAGUCCAAAAC